GUUUAGCGCGCAAUAAGCAUUAAGCGCUACAUAGUAAAUGGGUCUGACGAAAAAAAUCUUAUCUCCUGCGGAUAUACGUCAAUGGACCGCUUCAGUUGCUCUCUACGACAUACUUGACUUGAUCAACGGUGUCAACAACAAAAUAGUCUCACGUCCAAUUCAGAAAGAUUUGUUAGCAUCUAAGGUGAUAGAGUAUAAAGCAUAGUAUAAAAUCAAUCAUUUUAGGCCAUAACGUUAGUAUGUGAGGUACUUGAAAAGAUGCAACAGGCAAUCAAACAAUACCCACCAGAGGAGCAGCCACAACGAUUUGGAAAUAAAGCAUUCAAGAGUUGGUUUUCAUGGUUACAAGAGAAUGCAGUUGGACUCUGUACCAAUAUAUUUAUUGAUCAUGGCAGUGGAGACUUCAGUGAUCCGCCGAUAUCAUAUAAGGAAGCAAUUGAUGAAGUUUCCUCUUAUCUAAUUGAAUCGGUGGGAAAUUCAACACGUAUCGAUUAUGGAACUGGUCAUGAACUGGCUUUUUUGGCGUUUUUAACUUGUCUUUUCAAACUCAAUAUCUUACACAAGCAAAGUGAUUCUGAUUCAACAGUUAUAAGUGAUCUUCUAGCUGUCGGUCUCAUUGUAAUGCCAAAAUAUUUAAGCUUGGUUCGAUCACUGCAAACAACGUAUCGUAUGGAGCCGGCUGGAUCUCAUGGUGUUUGGUGUUUAGAUGAUUUUCAAUUUGUACCAUUUAUUUGGGGAAGUAGUCAACUGAUUGGCAAUUCGCAGUAUGAUCCUACAACAAUACCGUGUCGUAACAUUGCUGAAAAAGAAAAAGACAGGUAUCUUUUAUUCUCCUGCAUUGAUUACAUUUAUCAAUGUAAAACUGGUCCAUUUGAAGAACACUCGAACACAUUAUAUGGUAUUAGUCAGGUACCAAUGUGGGAAAAAGUCAAUUCUGGUCUAAUCAAAAUGUAUAAGGGUGAGGUUUUAGAAAAAUUCCCAGUAGUUCAGCAUUUCUUAUUUGGUAGUCUGCUGUCAUUUGAACGGUCAAAUAAGGCAGCACCUGGAAGUUGUAUAGGUCAGCCUGGUGUUGGUCGUCGUAUACCAGCAAAUGCGACUACCUUUAAAACGCCUUUCCCCUCGUCAACAGAAACACCACCAAGUCAACAAGGUGGAGUCCAGCAGUGAAUAGCUGCAUAUGAUAUCUAUAAUAAAUACUUGUAUAUUCAAGAGGAUUUUGUUUCCUUUGUGUGUGUGUGUGUGUCAGAAUGAGAACUAAUGUGAAAUAGACGCUAUGCUAUUCAUAAAUCACACUGCUCUUAUUAUUCAGUGAUUGACUGAUAGAUGGUGUUUAUUUCAGUGUAAUUUAUACAAUAUUAAUAAAUAAAUAAAAUCUAAAACUCUUC